GCGGCCGCGCUGGUUCCGGUUCCGCCGGGCUGCGCUGAUGCUGUUCCUGUUCCUGUUCCCGUUCCCCGCUCCCGGUCCCGGUCCCGAUCCCGCCCGGGCGGGGAUGGCGCGGAGCACCCUCUCCUCGCGCUUCCGCCGCCUCGACAUCGACCAGUACGACGAGAACCGCUUCGUGGAGGAGCCCGAGGAGGCGGCGGCGGCCGAGCCCGAUGCGAGCCCCGAGGUGGAGGCGCUGCUCAGGCAAGGGGAGGCGCUCCGAGCCUUCCACACCGCCAUCCGCAGCUCCCCCGGCAACACCAGGAACCAGGCGAUGAAGGAGCAGGCCCAGGGAACGAUGCUUAAAGUCCUCACAUCUUUUAAAAGCAGUGAAAUAGAACAAGCGGUGAAUUCCUUAGACAGAAACGGUGUUGACUUGUUAAUGAAGUACAUUUAUAAAGGAUUUGAAAAGCCAACAGAAAACAGCAGUGCAAUAUUACUUCAGUGGCAUGAAAAGGCACUGGCAGUAGGAGGACUGGGCUCCAUAGUAAGAGUUCUUACAGCAAGAAAGACUGUUUAAAGACUGUUAACUUGGACAGAGACAACGGUCAGGUUUGGACUCAGAAGGAAUGAGCUGAAACAACACUGGUCCAUCUAUAGAGAUUACAAUCUACUGAAAUCCUACAGUAACCUCCUCUUGGAAUGCUUUUAACCUUAAAGGUGGGGGAAGAGAAAAGGUAUUCCUGCAUAUUCCGACUAUCACAUCCAGGAGCCAUGACAUUCUCCUGCUCCCUUCUUUAACAGGCAGAGAGAAGGCACAGUCCUGCCUCCUAUUACUGUAAGUGAACAGGUAUUUCAGAUGCUGCUGUACCCAGGUGUGGUGAUACACGAUCCCCUCUCCUGCUUAGUUCUGAGGUAGCUGUGGCCAGGCCAGCGAGAUCCUGCAGCUGGUGGUGGGAGAAGGGGGUGUUGGAAUGGUGGCUUUGUACGUGGGAGAGAAGGACUUGGUUGGACUCUGGGUUGGUUUAAUGUAAAGUGAAGUGCCUGCUGCAUCAAUAAAGUCCUUGGAUCACAUGAGUUAAUUUAUUUUUAGCUAAA